AUGUCGACUCCCAAGAAACAGCAACAGCAACUUAUCUUUGGUGGUAACUCCCCCACUGUACUACGAUUAAUCAAGAACCAAGAAGCGGUUGAAGAAGAGGUCGAUGGGCUUGAUGAGCGCCGCGAGACGAAAGGGGGUUCCCAGAAACCGUCUGCUUAUGUCGAAGUCUUCGAAACGAUGAUGAGGACCGUCCUUGGACACGAACCCGAGCUACUUUCAGAGCAAGAAAUCAUGGCCCUCUCAAUGUACGGCAAAUUGUGCUAUAACACGCGCUAUUGUCUGACACGCCUCGUCCUUCGCAAGCCCUACCAAUGGCACCCGAUAUCUGCUCUGGAAGGGUACAAGAGAGAAGUGGGAGAAGACGGUUUGGCCUCUUCAAUACGCGAUUUAUGUCAACCUAUCAACUCGCUCCUGAACGAUGGAAUGACCGUUAAGGAGGAGCCAGUGGAUUCCGUCAAAUCAGAAUCUAUGGAUACCGACGUUUCUAUCAAGAAGGAAGAGGGCCCUCCUGUAAUUGAUCUAACCCUGGACGCCGACGACGAAGAGGUGAAACCCAACAUCCCUUGUACAGCGGCACCCACCCUUGAAAAACAUACUUCCACCCUAGCCGGUCCUUCACGCCUACGACCGCCCCGCCCUCAUGAGGACGACCCUAUAAAAGGCGUAUUGGAAGCAGACGUGGAUUCGAUGCAUCUCGAUGCCUUCUGCGAAGACGAAAGCACGAUGACGUUGCACGAAAUCCUUUGGAGAUUGACCAAGGAUCAACUAAAGGAACUCGUGAAGACAACGCGAACCAAAGUGGAACCCACUGCGAAGAAAUGCGAUAUCAUAUAUGCACUAGAGGAUACUGCGCUGAAGCAGACCAUACUGGAAUUGGAGUUCGUGGCCCCUCCUGCUACUAAGCGAAAGGGUAAAGGCAAAGCAAAAGACGAUGGCUUCAAACAGACUCGACUUUCCUUCAAGAAGAAGUCGGAUGUUGACAAACCUCCAGUCACCCAGGAACAACGGCUGAGAGAAAUGGCGAUUGAACGCUUAGGAAAGUGUGUCCGCGUUAACUUCGACUUCCAUCGACUUGUCCGGCGCCUCGAUAUCAUCUGCUAUCGCCAGCCCGAACAUCCGACAUCUUUGAUGCUACCUGCCCUACUCUCCGUAUUCAAAAAGCGGAAUUUCACCAUGUACAAGCCCACACGCUGUUCCGACAUCUGGAGCACGCGACAGGAAUUCCUGGAGUAUGAGAUGGCUCUCGAACUGGAGAUGCAUCUGGAGGAAAUAAUCGACCCGCCACCGGAUCCAUACGCGAAGAAGAGUCCGAAAACGCCUGCUCCGCGGAAGAGCGAAUUCAUUACACCAGGACCUCGAGCCAGCCGAAGUUGCACGACUCCUUUGAAAACCCCAGGCACCAUCGUCAACAAUCAAGCGUUAGAGCAACUUACGGUCAAGCUGGAAGAUGAGGCCGUCCAGCUGGAAGCAGCGCCUGUCGAGGAGGUAGAAACACCUGUCGUAGAGGCUACGAAGGAGGAGAAGGUUAUAGACCAUCUCGAAAAGUGGAUUUUGCCGAGGUGGACAAUCUAUGUCUCCAAAGAAUGCGAACGGGAAGCUCGAAUACGGCCGCCUGGAUUGGAACGUUUCGAUGCCGGCCAUGUGUUCACUAGGAUGCUGUAUAAAGCCACCAAAGUUCUAGGUCCUUCAAAGAAGUACGAACUGGAGUUAAAGAUCAUCGAAUCCUUACUAUCUCAGCGGCACUGGCAUCGUGGCAGGAGAGGGUCGUGGUAUGAAAGACGAGCGGUGGUGAUCGGGCAUCUGAUACGAGGCACUAAAGAUGCUCAAGAGAAGGAGGAGCUUCGUCGGCGCACUCUUGAAGGUGUCAAGGAGGCCCUCCGUGACGAUGAUACCCACAUUGUGCAUCGUCCCAGCCUUUUCCGUCGAGUCGAAAAGCUGGAAAAUGCACUCAAGAUAGCGAAGAGUGAACGUUCAACAUGUGAAGGAGACCUCCGUAAACCACCAAUAGUCAUAUUGGAAGCAUUCAAGAUACCUCCUCUACAACUAGAUGCUCUUGGACGGCCGCUUGAGAAGGAAAAUACCCCUGGGGCACCACUUCUCGCAUACAUCCCCGUGACGAAAGUGGGCAAGCUUCCUGAAGAGCCGAAACAGAAGAGGAAGACCGGGAAAUCGAGGUGGAAAGGCCGGAACAACCAGAUUGUGGACGUUGAAACUCGUGCGCUUGAAUUCUACGAGGAUAAAGGAUAUAGAGGAUUCCAUGCGGAAACGAGGAUCCUAACAACUCUAUUCGGCCUAUUAUUCUGGGACAUCAUCUUUACAGAGGUUCCAGGCGCAUUUGAUACGCCAUACCAAUACGCACCGCUCGACAUAUGGUCCGAUUCCUUCUACCUUGCCAGAAAGGCUCUCAUCGACCAGAGGCUGGAAGUUAUUCGCCAAGGAGGCGGACGCGACAUUCUCCACGAGCAUGACGACCUGUAUCGUGAAAGACAAUUUAUCUGCGCCGGCGUGACAUGGGACAUAUGUAAGAGAGAUGAUCUCCUCGAUAUCGUGGACUGUCUCGGUGGAGAAUCGUUGGCCUUCAUCUGCCAACUCUUUUGCGAGGACUACAAAGGCCGUAGCAGUGGGGCACCUGAUCUUUUCGUCUGGAACAUCAAGGAACGUGAUUGCAAAUUUGUCGAGGUCAAAGGACCAGGUGACACACCUCAGGAGAACCAAAAGCUUUGGUUCGACUCCCUUUGUCGAGCAGGCGCGGCUGUCGAGAUUUGCAAAGUGGUUGACAUCAACGCUCCUCCUCCGAAGGGCAAGAAGCGGAAGGCAAAGACGCCAGGCUCUGCUCGCGGAGGAAACACGGCACCGCCAGAGGAAGAAGAGGACGGGUGUUGCGACGAAGAACCUGAUUACGAGCAGCUUGAUGUGGAGCCAGAGCUUGAUGCCGAUUGCCCCGAGCUUGAAACCUCAUCCAAGAUCAAACGACGACGGAUAUCGCACCCCGAGGAUGCCUCUCCAUCUGUUCCAAGGGUGAAUAGGGCAGAGAUUGUUCUAUCCCCCUCGAAGUACAGGGUGGCGUGA